UGGACAGCAUCGUCGGUUUUGUUUAAUGAUUCUCUGUAAAUAGUCAAGUUUUAUUCACAAGUGGACGUUAAGUAGACGUAGUCAUCAGAAAAUGGCAAUUAAUACAGUUUUAAAUACGGCAAAGAGGUAGCACGACAAACAUGACUCCGAAACGAAAGACUACGAGCUCGGAGUCAACGUCAACCAGUACUUCGGGGUCGUCAUCUAGUACAUCCUCGAGUUCUGGCAGUGAGUCCAGCUCCUCGGAUUCAGAAAACUCUAGUAGUUCAGCCAAUAGUCAAAAGGUCUCUGAUUCGGAGAGAGCCAAGAAGAAAACCUCGUUCCCUCCCGUACGUCAUGUUAAAUCGAAAGGUGAAGCGAACACGGGCCCGCCGCUGGAAAGCAAAAGCAAAGAAAGGCCUCCGCAGAAACCUAAGCCUGUCUCUUACUCUUCCGAGUCCGAGGAAGCACCAAACAAAUUAAAACCUGUCAAACGGAAACCUCCUGCUAAACCCAAAGCCACUGCUACGGUUGCACCGGUUAUCAAGGCACAGCGACCCGUUAGCAAGCCCAUACCCGCUACCGUUCCACAUAAAAGUGCUUCGAGCACGAAGCCAGUUAUUAAUAAGUCAAGUAGCAUUGUUGCAAAUAGUAAAACUAAGGAAAGGACCACAAAGGUUAUCUCAGAACCACUUCAAAAGAAAUUAAAGCAGAAAAGUAUAUUUAGUCCCGAGAAUAGUAGCGAAAGCGACACUGCUGCUCCGUCGAAAGCCAGUGUUAUUAAGGCAACUAGUAGUCCUUUAAAAUGUCCUAAACCUCCACAAACGAAAUCAAAGCCUAGCGAGAUCAAACCACGACCCUCUGUUGUAAAUAGGCCAAGUUUGGUUACAAAACCACAACCUCAAAAGUCAGAUAGUUCAGCAAGUUCAAAAAGUUGUUCCGGAGGAUCUGGUGGCUCGGCCUCGUCUGGCUCAUCCGACAGUAGUUCCGACUCAGAAUCAUCGGAGAGUGUUACGAGUCCUCAGCCCCAAACAAAAAAGAAAGAACCACAAACUACAAGUUCCACUAGCGUACUAGCAAAAAGACCCUCGGCUGCAGUGGUAGCUGUUAAACAACAGAAAAAUGCUAAACGCCAAGGAGCUGUAAAAACUGACGACGAAGGUGAUGCAUCGGACAGUGACAAGGAGUUGGACGAUAAUGGAGAAAGCGGAUCAUCGAAAGUGGCUGCAAAGGGGAAGCGAAAACUGCAGCCUCGUAAAGGCAGCAAGCAUUUGCAAAUGCAGGCAAAGCUGGGCAGUGAUUCCGAGUCGGACACAGGUACGGAAACGGUAGCCUGUAAGCGUACCCUGCAAAUUCCCCUGAUGCGGUGUGAUUUGUCGGGAGCAGCCGAAGGUAAAAGGAGCGCCAGCAAGUCCCCGGUGAAACGAACCGGACCCACGACCAGCGUGAGGCACUCUUCGGCGAUCCCCAGGACUGGCCAAGCUGGAACGAGCGUCGCUCCCGUUGCCGGGACCAGGAGUACCCAGGGAACGUACAACAGGAACAGGACCGCGACGAAGGAGCGAGAAUGUCCCCUGGCCGCGUCCUGCGACUCCAGCGGACACCUCUCCGGAAGAUUCGACAGCCACUUCACCCUGGAGGCUUGUCCUCUCUAUCACAACACCACUCCUCAAGCCUGCGGGGAGUUUCACAAGGAGAGAAAGAAGCGGGAGGAGGAGCGGAAAAAGGCCAUCGCGAAUCUGGGGAAAAAGUCGCCGAAGGGGCUGCAUCAGACCAACGAGCAGCGGAACUAUCAGCUGAAGGUGAAGGAGCUGAGAAGCAAAUGGAAAGGCGCCGAUGGUGAUAGCAACGAAAGCGACAGCGGAGGGGAACCCCAGGGGAUCGAGAAGGACCGGCAGCCUAGACUGAAAAAUCUCACCCCGGACUAUGAUCUCAAGCUCUUCAUGGAGGCGCAGGCUAUUGCUAGCGAAAAAAUCGAAAAGGAGCUGAGGGAGCUGGAGUACGAUGGCGAAGGCAGAAACGGCGGAGGCACGCGAUUCGUCGAGAUGGGCAAAUGGGAGAUGGAGGUUUGGUACCAGAGCCCCUACCCCGAGGAGUUCAGCAGAGCUCCGAAGCUCUACCUUUGCGAGUUCUGUCUACGAUAUGCUAAAAGUCGUCAGGUCUUGCGCAGGCAUCGAGACAAGUGCCUAUGGAGGCAUCCACCGGGACACGAGGUGUACAGGAAAGACAAGAUCGGAGUCUGGGAAGUGGACGGCAAGCGGUACAAGCAGUACUGCCAGAAUCUCUGUCUGCUGGCCAAGUUCUUCCUGGACCACAAGACUCUCUACUACGACGUCGAGCCUUUCCUAUUUUAUGUGAUGACAAUCAACGACUCGGAGGGCUGCCAUACCGUCGGUUACUUCAGCAAGGAGAAGAAUUCCUUCUUGAACUACAAUGUCUCCUGCAUUUUAACCCUCCCGCCAUACCAGCGGCAAGGGUACGGACGCCUCCUGAUCGACUUCAGCUACUUACUGACAAGGGUGGAGAAGAAGAUCGGCUCCCCGGAAAAGCCUCUCUCGGACUUGGGACUGAUAUCUUAUCGCAGCUACUGGAAGGACGUUCUGCUGCAGUAUCUCUGCAACUUCGGCGGAAAAGAGCUCUCCGUGAAAGACAUCAGCAAAGAGAUGGCUAUCGACUCGUACGACAUAGUCAGCACGUUGCAGGCUCUCGGCAUGAUGAAGUACUGGAAGGGCAAGCACAUCAUCCUGAAAAAACAGGACGUGAUCGACGACUACAAGGAGCGGGUGAAGCGACGAGGACCCGUCUACAAAGAAAUCGAUCCCGAGUGCCUGAAAUGGAACCCCUUCCAGCCACCCAAGACGCCUUCCACCUCCAACUAGAGAGGCCAACUGCCGACGCACCUUCGACCGGUCGACCCUUUCUUUGCGGGAAGCCAUAAGCCAUAAGCCACCUCCACCGGAUUUUGCGAUCCGCUGGACGCCACCCUAAUGGCCAUCUUCUGGGCUGGACUCUCCCUUUGAAACCUGCCGAGGUUCCUCCAGGACGCGCCGAUGCUCUGCAUCCAGGGAGAAUGCCUUCGGAGCCGGAACUAAUCCGACCACUCGAAAGGAUUUAUGGUGAUACUUUUAGUUGCGUCGAGUCAGGAAACGCCGACUACGUGUUAAUAGAUUUUUAAGGGCGUCCCGAGGGUGCCUCCAAAUCCCGAAUCGAAAUGCACGUCGAGGGACGUCGUAAAGCGGGAUGGGAAGGUAAUUGCAGAAAUAUAUCCGAUGCCGUCGAAAUGGCACUCGGAGGACGUCCAUGGCAUGUCCCGGGGACGGUGUACAUAUUUCCCGAAGAAAAAUGUCCCCGGGAUGUCGAGCCCUUGGAGGCUCCCGAGGGAUCUACGAAGGCAAUCGUUGAUUAGUUUAAUUUUUACCGGGUUUUCUCCUACGGUCGAGCGUACCGUCAACGCGGAGAAAUAUCUGCGAGAUCCUAGAUCUAAGGGUUCCCAAAAAGCGACGAAAGAUCGCAGAUCUCCUGAACGGUUAAUCGGUUAAACCCUUCACCUUGUACAGAAAGCGUGGAGCGUUGCUUGGAAUCGUUGUGCUCGAUUAUUCGCCCGGAAGUCGAGGAAAACUCUGGAAAAUUUCGGGAGCUUUUUCUCCUAAGAAUUUCCAAGGUGAACAUUCUCUAAAGUGUGCUACUAAAGGUUGAAAGCGUUCCGCGCGUUGCUCUCCCGUAAUUUCAUUGAAACUCCUAAUUUAACGAUUAAUCUCAUCCGCUUUUCUGAUUUUUACAAAUACUCCAGAAUUUUUUUUUUUUUCUCGGAGUGUCGAGAUUGGGUGAUAAUCAUGAUGGGAAAGAUCAAUCGGUGCAGUAACAUCAUGUCAUUUGUAUAGAUCCCUUUGUAGUUUUUUUUUUUUUUUUUCCGAUACUUUAAAUCAACGUUAAUAGAUCAGUUUUUAAUUUGACUCGUUCGUCGGAAAACCUUAUCGGACUUAUCGUUUUUCCGGGGCGCACUCGCAAGUUCAAUAUCAAUGUAUCCGGACAAGAGGGUACAUUUCCGGAAAGCACGCGACAUUUCCGGGCUUUCACCGAGACCUCUUUGAACUUGUAGGUCGUGUACUCGCUUUUGCAUAUGUUUGCUCGGAACUCGAAGCUUUGGACUGUUUAAGCUUAUUUUCCUUGCUCUCGUUGAGAAUUCGCUGAAUCAGCGACGACCGCGAAAUGGAAAGUCGACACGGAACGACUUCCGGUCGAUUUUCCGACCGAGCAAGAGAGAUUGACGGGCAAAUCAAUCUGACCGCAAUUAUUCCCGAUGAGGCUGGGAAUGUUAUUAAAAAAGAACACGAGAUUGUAUUAUAUAGUACAAGAAUGUUAGCGCGAAUUGAAAAUUGAAUUAAAGAAAAAAAAAUGGAAAAACGAGGUGAAUCCUGGAAAAUUAAUCACAAUGAUUUCGUGUCUUUUAGAUCAAACAUAUCUUUUAGAUUUGAGAAGGGUGCGUAUAAGAAAUUUUUGAUAAAAACCACGUUUUAGGGAACUGAUGACAAUUCGGUUUUCUUUCUUUUGGAUUCACCUCCGUCGCAACUUUCGAUGACUUUCGAAUCUGAGGCGGUCUUGUAAACUGACCGUUUGUUAAAAAAAAAAAAAAUGAUAUGUCUCAUUGCAUGAGAUUUCAAUCAAUUGUAAUGUAAAUACGCCACGUUGACCGGAAAUAAAAAAGGUAACGUGCGACGAGGAAUGAAAAGUCGAGCGAGAACAAUAUAGUGUAAUAAUUCCUGCGAGGUCAUUGUUUGUACGAGUCGAAUCAUUAUACGU